ACCGAGACUGAAACUGACGAGCUUGGAGCUGGCCGAUCUGAUUGGCAAUUGAAAGCGGCCGUGGAGUUGACAGUGGUCCUGUGCCCAGUUGUUGCUGAAGUUUAGGCAAAGGAGUCUUGUGAUCGCUGGAGACUGGGGCAAGUGUGGAGAGUGUGGGAGAUCCACUCAUGGUUUGGAUCGACUGAAAUGGGGUUGGGAGCCGUGUUCUUGGUUCUUGGCUUGGGGCUGGUUUUGCUGGAAGCGGUGGCUGAAGGUGGCUGCGUGGAUCUGGGAAGUUGCUGCAAGGGGAGAGAGUCUGAAUGUCGCACCACUGGCUGGCGGCCCGAUCGCUCUCACGGAACCUGUUACUGUGACCAGGCUUGUAGACAUACCCUGGAUUGUUGCCAUGAUUACCAACUCGCCUGUCCAGCUAUUUCUUGCAAAGUGACUGAAUGGAGUUUCUGGAGUGGCUGUGCAGAACAAUGCAAAAAUACUUAUCGUGUUCGUCAACGAUACAUCACACAAGAGCCACAGAAUGGUGGUGAGCCAUGCCCUCCCUUGGAAGAAAGAGCAGGCUGUUUGGAAUAUCAGAGUGACCAGGACAGAAUGUGUAGGCAGUCCUUGGUCCCUGCGUUAAUUACCACAGGGGGAUAUGGAAAAGCUCGAAAAAAACGAGAUGUAUUCAUUGAAUCUGAGGCGCCAGGGUAUUGUGUAGAAUUUAAAGUGAAGUCGUUGACUCAGAAUUGCUUGGUAGAGAACCGUCCUCACACGAGGUGGAUGCAGUAUCUUCGAGAAGGGUUCACUGUUUGUGUAGAAUGCCAGCCUCCUGCCCUGAACUCGAGAUUCCAGAGAUGUUAUGGCGAUGGCGGAGAAGCUGAAAGGAAUCAGAUCCUACAGUGGCAUGCAAUUGGUAAUCCUCGCUGCAGAGGAACAUGGAAGUGGAUUCGACAGAUGGAAUCGUGCUCUUGCCCUUCAAUCCACAGUUUUUUGUUCAUUUGAAGCCAACUCAUGCCAUCCAUGGAAUACAACCGUCUCAUUAAUACCUAUUAAGCACUUGUACUGCAGACACCAGUCAUCUGGAAUCUAAUUCAAACUAAAGUAUUGCUGAGAAAAGAGACAUGCUGUUGAAGCUUUUCAUCUUGCACUCAUCAGGACAGAUUCACAAGAAUACCAGUUGGAAAGGGAACAACAAUUUAUACUGCACGAGAAGAGACUGCUGAAUGGUUGGCAAGUGGACUCUAAUUGACAGAGGCAUUUCCUCUAUCUCUACCCAUCAGAGACCACUUGCUAACCAAUCAACACUCUCUUCUCAUGCAGUAUAAAUUGUUGUUCCCUUUGUAAUUGGUAUCAUUGCGAAUCUGUCCUGAUGAGUGCAAGACAAAAAGCUUCAACAGCAUAUCUCUUUCUUUCAGCAAUACUCAAGCUCUGUACCACCAAAUGACUAAUUCCAACUGUGUUAAGACUAAAUAUGAGAUAUAUUCUUAAGUUUGUGGAAUAUUGUGUGCAUAUAAACACAUUGCAGGAAGGAUAUGAUGAAGUGUCUGAAAUGUGGCUUUCUGUAAACCAUUUUACCUUCCAGCAUUUUCAAUAAAUCAUAUCUCAUCACAGUGUGAGGGAAAAAAGUCAUUAAUGUUUUGUGAAAAAUAAUAAAUCAAACUGAAGAGGCAGCUUUUAAGGUGAAUUUCUCUAAGACCAUUUGAGACAUUUAAAAGUACAAAUAUCAAGCCAAAUGUUAUGGAGCUAGUUCAGUGAUUGGUUACAGGAGCUGCCUUGCUUGCCAGAAAGCUUUGGUUACUGAUGAGUGAGUGUUUGUCUUCCUUAACGCUCCCUGUACAAUCUGACAUUCUGAUAUUCAUUAUUCAUUAAUAUUUAAUUGGCAAGUUUAGUGGACUGUAAUGUGCAUCCUUCUGAAGGAACAUGGAGCAUUCAUUUCCCUGAACAUUCAUGAAAAUCUAGUUGUGGCUGGAAAGCAAAAUAGUUUGUGUCAAUAAAAAGUGAUUAGAAAAAUGACCAUUCUAACACAGCUUUCUGUUACUCGGGAAUAAUUUACAUUUCUCAUUACUGUUUCCUCAUGGUUAAUGAUGUAACAAAUCUGUGACUUUGGAGAAAUCUAAAUUCCAGUGUGAAAUCUUGAGAAGAAGGCUAACAAAUGAGAGAUUGAAGGGGAGCACAGCAUGCAUAAGGUCAAUUAUAUAUUCCAAUUAUUGGUUUUGCCUGUGAAAAGGAGAAUCUGUCAGUGAAAUCAGGUUGACUGCCAUUUUUAAAAUAAACUGGUUAACACUUUU